CAAUAGGGCCAUGUAACCUCGUGCGCGAUUGGGCGGAUUUGUGAACACUCAGUGGCGCCGCGACACUACCUGAUUUAACUUUUGUUUUUCGGUUAGCCUCUCUAACUCCGAGGGUUGGCGUGGCGUUCUUUUUGACAAGAGGCAAAUUGACCAAAUUUGAAGAAGCUUUGUGGAAAGAGGUGUGAAAAAGACGGCAUGAACUUUACUCCAACACACACCCCUGUUUGCAGAAAUGUUUCCUCCAGGUUCGGUGGUUCCACCAGGAGGAGGGGAAUGUCUUUCACAGAUUCUGUGGAGUCAACUCCCUUGCCUUCCAUUGAAGACCGUCUGGCCGUCCUCUGCCCUUCUCAGGAGCUUCUGGAAUAUUUUCAAAAGAAGAUGGCUGAGUGUGAGACAGAAAACGAAGACCUGUUGAAGAAAUUGGAACUAUACAAAGAAGCUUGUGAAGGACAGCAUAAACUAGAAUGGGAUUUGCAGCAGAAGGAGGAAGAGAUUGCUGAAUUGCAGAAAGCUCUAAGUGAUAUGCAGAUCUGCCUCUUCCAGGAACGUGAACAUGUAUUACGCCUCUACUCAGAAAAUGACCGACUGAGAAUCAGGGAGGUAGAAGACAAGAAAAAGAUUCAAAGUCUCUUGGCUCUUGUGGGAACAGACACUGGAGAAGUGACCUAUUUUUAUAAGGAGCCUCCCCACAAAGUCACCAUUCCCCAAAAGACUAUCCAGACUGUAAACGUACGUGAACAGAAUGAAUCUUCAACUUUGAAAGCAGAUCCUAAAGUAAGCAAGAGAAAACCAGCAAUGAGAGAGAGGGAAGAAAGCCCUAAACAAUAUCAAAGAGACAUACAGACACUUAUUCUACAGGUGGAAGCACUGCAAGCUCAGCUAGAAGAACAGACCAGGCUUUCUAGAGAACAAGUUGAAGGACUCAUGGAAGAUAGACGGAUUCGCAUUGAGGAAAUACAAGUUCAACACCAGAGAAACCAGGAGAAGAUCAAAGAGCUAACCAAAAAUCUGCAUCACACCCAAGAACUACUCUAUGAGAGCACCAAAGAUUUUUUGCAACUCCGAUUUGAAAACCAACAUAAGGAGAAGUCAUGGAUGCUUGAAAAGGAUUGUUUGAUGUCAAAGAUUAAGCAAUGCAGGCUGCAGUGUAAGAAGAGAGAAGAUAAAAUUGGAAAAGUUUGGCCAGUUGUAUACCAGGGUCAUCACAGCCAAAAUGAAUAUAUUAAGACCCUGAAGGAUAAGUUAGUACAAGAGAAAAAACUUUCCAACAUGUACCAAGAACAGUGCAUUUCCCUAGAAGAAGAACUUGCCCGAAUUCGUGAGGAAGAAUCCGUGAGGAGAGAGAUCUUCAAGGAUCGCACUAACAAGAUGAGCAAGCGUUUACAGGUAAUGACAAAACGCUAUGAGGCCUUGGAGAACCGACGUAUCUUGGAAGUAGAAGGCUUUAAGACAGAUAUUAAGGCUCUCCGGCAGAAACUUAAAGACUUGGAGCAAAUGCUAUAUAAGACAACACUUAAUGCCCGAGCAGACCAGGACCUUGCCAUUCUGUGUGAGGUCCGUGACAGCAACAGACGGGCACAUAAGAUACAAGGAGAACUGAAGAACCUUAAGUCCAAAGUGUUUGGUUUGGAGAAUGAACUUAGGCUCUGUUGAUGUCUGCUUUUGGAAAAAAAAAAAAAAAAAAUGGCCCCACCGUGAAGAAUUGUGCUUCCUGAAACCUGAGAAAAAGAUCGUCUGCCCCUAGAACUUUUGGACAGUGUUGACUAGAGUAGUGACAUCCAUUAUUUCCAAGACAGGAUGAAGAAUCAGGGACUGCUAAGAAAGCUUUUCUUGCUCUCUAAAUAGUCCUGUUAAUCUUUUUUUUUUUUUUUGCUCUGAAUUAUAACCUGAUUUACUUAUUUUCCCAUAUUAUUUAUCUUGCUUAUGUUGACAGUUUUGUUUUUGUUUUGUUUUUUAAAGAUGAAGAUGACAAUAAAAACUUAAGAAGAGAAUACUUUUCCUAAGAGCCUGCCUGGGUGUCAGUGGGAGGGAAAGGCAGCAAAUCACAACUUGUCAAAUUUGAAUAAGAGGUAAUUCUGCCAUUUAACUAUAUUCAGUCCCGUGCUGGUAGGGCUUGAAUUACCUUUUUGGGACACCCAAUCUCAUGAAAUUUCACCAGAGGGCACUAGAGACCCUAUUCUCAAGCAAAAUUUUUAUCUAGAAAUACAAUAAAACCUGUGAAAGCUGUAACCUGUGUAAGGCAGAAACCUGUCAGAGGAGGAAAACUCAAAUAGUUUCCACUAAAACGAGUGAUAGAAAAGUGGUAAGACUGUAUCCUGUCAUAGGCAGAAAACUCAUAAGACCCAGGAAAACAAGGCAGCCCCGUCUAGUUCUGGUUGUCACAGGUUUCACUGUAUAAAGGUGCCAGUUUGGCAAGAGUAAAUGAAAACUAAUUCUUGUCUGGAAAGUUCAGCAUUUACCAACAUAACAUGGAUUUUUUAAAAUAUAAUUUAUGUAAAAUUAACUGUUUUUCAAUAAAAUGUGGUUGGAAAUAUUCUCUG